GUCUAACCGAACGCAAAAGAAAUACGUAGAAAUUAGACAGAUGAGUGAUCUCAUUCCUUGGAAACAAGUACUAGAACAGAUAUAUAUAGAGCAUGAUAAUAUGAAUAUUUUCCCAAGUCGGCGUUUUAACGAGAAAACCCAAGCAAAGUACUAAUAAAUACGAUCUAUUGGGGCGCUGCUCCAUAAACCCUAAAACCAAAACGAAUCAGUUUCUCUCUGCCUCUCUCUUUAUCGAUAAUGGUGAAGAUUCGGAAGAUUUUAGCAUUAGCAGAGAAGGAGGUGCUUAUUGACAUUGUGAAAAAUGUACAAAAGAGAAAAAUGAAGGGUGCGAAAGGAGAAUGGAAGGAAUUUUUAGUAGAGUAUGAUUCACAAUUAGGCGACAGUUUAUUGGAUCCUAGUAAGAGGCCACCUGCUUGCUUGGUUGCAUUUUUGAAUACGUUUACGAAAGAGCAAGAUUUAGAGUUUUGUGAAAAAAUAAUGACGUACCACUCUAAUCGUAAAGCAAUUGAGCAACUGAAUAAGAGCUGUAUUGAUGUUCAAUCCUCUCCUCAGAAGCUGGCAAGCUUAACAUUUGAACACCCCGAAUAUCCAAAGUGCUUUUCAUUCCCAUCUUAUGAUGAGGACUGGGUAAUGAUGAAGAUCGGUAAAGUAUCUAAAGCAAUCAAGUCCACCAGAAUGCUAUCUGUUGAUUGUGAAAUGGUUCUUUGUGAAGAUAAAACAGAAUCUCUAGUACAAGUGUGUAUUGUGAAUCGAAAUUUAGAGGUUAAGCUCAAUGAACUUGUAAAACUCGAUAAACCUGUUAUAGAUUAUAGAACUCAGAUUCAUGGAAUCAGUGCUAAGGAUUUGGAAAGAGCUACUUGUUCGUUAGAAGAUAUACAGAAAUCAAUGAAAAAGCUGUUAUCUGAUGGAGUAGUUUUAAUUGGCCACAGUUUGGAUAAGGAUCUAAAAGCAUUGAAAGUGGAUCAUUCGAGGGUGAUCGACACAUCAUUAAUUUUUAAAUAUCCUGAAGGGCAUACUCACAUGAGGCCUUCGUUGAAUCAUCUCCGCAAGACUGUGCUUGGUUAUGAUCUUAGGGAAAGUGAUGCUCCUCAUAAUUGUCUAGCCGAUGCACAGGCUGCAAUGAAAUUAGUUCUUGCCAAGCUGGAAAAUAAAUUUGAUGGAGUCAUUCCCUUGAAAAUCAAAGAGAGUGAUGGAGUCGUUCCCUUGAAAAGCAAAGAGGUGUUCAAGAUUGAAUUGGUAAAGCUUUUGUUUCAUGCGGUACCUAUAGCGGUUCCCCAGAAACAAUUAAGACGACUAUUUCCGAAGGACUCUACUGUCAAACUUCAGGUGAGCUUGACCGGUGAAAAUGUUUAUAAUUCUUCUGCUGUUUUCAAAGAGUCAAUGGAGGCAUGUAAUGGAUUUGAAAGUAUCAAAGGAGAAGAAGGAAAGGACUCAUCUGGAGUUCCUCAAAAAGUAAUCUCCCUUGACAUCAAGUAUAAAAAAGAUGCCGGUUCUGUCAGUUUCUAUGUUCGUAAAGUUUUAAAAAAAGUUUCAUCUGACAAAAAUCCUGCAGACAAAAGAUCUAUUCAAGUUGAGGAAACCAAGGAACAGAACAAGAAACCAACAAAAAACUCAGAUCAAUAUGAUCACGUCAAAGAGAUUCAAAGAUUAAAAAAGGAUUUAUCUGACAGAAGUCCUGCCGACAAAAGAUCUAUUCAAGUUGAGGAAACUGAGGAUCAGAACAAGAAACAAAAGAAACACUCAGAUCAAUGUGAUCAUGACAAAGAGAUACGAAGAUUGAAAAAAGAAAUCAAGGAAAGGGAUUCUGAACUCAUUCAUGCUCAAAAUAUCCUUGCUGAUCUUAUAAAGAUACGUGAACUCUGAUCCAUUGAUACAUCAAAAAUGUUGCCAUGCUUCUGUUUUCCGUUCUAUUUAAUUCCAGUCAUCAGUGUGUAGAACAAAUUGAUUCAGAAGAGCCAGUUACGUGCAUCAUACAGCUUGGAGGAUGUUCAACACUUACUUGUGCAAUUAACCCAGGUAUUAGUUCAUCCAAAAGCAUUGGAAACCUUGUGUGUUACCACAGAGCAUGUCAACUAUUAGUUAAUUGUGAUACAAUUUGUUAUACAACAAAAUAUUUUUCACCUUUUACAUCUACUUCGUAAGUUAAGCAUGUAA